GCGCGUAUUUUGAGCUUUGUGAUUUUCGAGGGAGUUUUAAAAAACAAAAACAGUCAUUGACAAACAAGAGGGAACCACGAUAAAGGUUAAGUGGCGUCCUCAUUGGCAGAAUGCGCAGGUCUGGAGCUCCGAGUCAGCUCAGCGUCAAUGCUGCAAAGAAACCACGCUUUAAGCCUCCGGGGCCGGCGCAGAUUGAUGUUCCUACCGUAUCAAACCUCCAACCAGGACCAUCCUCACCGUCCACACUAGCACUAGGGAAUGUGCUCAACAAGGUCCAGAGGUGUUUGACUAGUGGAGACGGUCCAGAUUUUUCUAGAGCUUCAGAAGGCAGUAAAGCUUUAGCCAGGGUCUUGGGUGCUGUUCCUCAAGGAGAAUGUAAGGAAAACAGCUUAAACUCAUCAUCUGACUGUCCUGAAGCAGAGCAAUGGACAGACAAAGACAGUUGCACAAGACAGCCAAAUACGGAAGCCAACUCCUCAUCAACUGCAUGCUACUAUAGUGUAAUAUGGUGCAAGGCAUCAUCAAGGAAGCAUAAGCGCUGGGAAGGUGACGCUGUGCUGGUGGCCAGGGGACGAAAUGUUGUUCUUAAAGACAUGGAGGCACGGGACAUUGGACGAGGAUCAGGUUAUAAGGUAUCUGAGCUGGAGAGCUUGUGUGAGGGUCAGACUCUUAUGGUGGGAGGGAAGCAAAUCGAGGUAAUGGGGGUCAUAUCCAAUGAGGACUAUGCCAAGGGCCGAUGUUUCCAAGGCGCUGCUGUUGAGACUCCUGUCUUAAAAGCUCCUGUAUACCCACCAGUGGCCAAAUCCUUUAGCAGACCAGCACUCAAAGGAGGAGAUCUUAGAGAUUCUGAACCCAAAGGACCGGUCUGUAAACCCAGACAUGACCCAAAUGCACCAGGAGCCCUGGUGAUGCCACGACCAACUACUGAUCACCAGUGGCUGUAUAAUAAACUCGGUUCUCCACUGGUGGAUGUGGUUGUCGACCCUCACUUGACCAAUCAUCUUCGGCCACACCAAAGAGAGGGCGUGGUCUUCCUUUAUGAGUGCUUAAUGGGGAUGAGGCUGGAUAGCCGCUAUGGAGCUAUUUUGGCAGAUGAAAUGGGACUAGGGAAGACACUCCAGUGUGUCUGUGUGCUUUGGACACUACUGAGACAGGGCCCCUACGGUGGACGGCCUAUACUGAAGAGGGCACUUGUAGUGUGUCCCGGUAGUUUGGUGAAGAACUGGGCUGCUGAGUUUAACAAGUGGCUGGGCAGAGAGAGGAUAAGUGUGUACACUGUGGACCAGGAUCACCGUGUGGAGGAUUUUGUGUCCUCUCUUUUUUGUUCCGUGAUGGUCAUUAGUUAUGAGAUGUUGCUGCGCUCCGUGGACAAAUUAAAAGACCUGGACUUUGGUGUGCUCAUCUGUGAUGAGGGCCAUCGCCUCAAAAACAGCAACAUCAAAACAGCCAAUGCACUCACUGGCCUCUCAUGUCAACGGCGUCUUAUAUUAACAGGUACUCCAGUGCAGAAUGACCUGCAGGAGUUUUAUUCUAUCAUUGAGUUUGUAAAUCCAGGAAUUCUGGGAACAUCUGCAGCAUACAGGAAAGUUUAUGAAGAACCCAUCCUCAGAUCUCGCCAGCCCACUUGCACUGAGGAAGAAAGAUGUAUCGGAGAGGAGCGUGCCGCUGAGCUCUUUCGUCUAACAGGUGUGUUCACAUUACGGCGUACUCAGGAGAUCAUUAAUCAGUAUUUAUCAGAGCGGAUAGAGUGGACUGUAUUUUGCAAACCCACCGAGCUGCAGCUACGUCUGUACGGUGUCCUGCUGGCCACACGACCCAUCAGAGCCUGCCUUUCUGGCACCAGCACACACUCUUACACACACAGCCCACACCUGGCAUGCAUCAAUGCUCUCAAGAAGCUUUGCAACCAUCCCGGUCUGCUCUAUAACACUCUACAGGAAAAUAAGGAUGAGAUGUAUGAGAAUGGAAUUAUGGAACUCUUUCCUGAGGGUUACUCUACAGGAGCCUUCAGCACCGCAGACUCUGGGAAACUUGUAGUUCUAACAGACCUGCUCUCAGCAAUACAAAAAGUGAAUCGUACAGACAGGGCUGUUUUGGUGUCUAACUACACUCAAACACUUGACUUACUGCAGGACGUCUGUGAUCAUAUAGGCUAUAAAUGGUGUCGGCUUGAUGGACAGACACCAGUUGCGCAGCGACAACGCAUCGUUGACUCUUUCAACAGCACUGACUCCUCCAACUUCCUGUUGCUACUCAGUUCAAAGGCCGGAGGGGUGGGGCUUAACCUCAUUGGUGCCUCCCAUCUUGUUUUAUAUGAUAUAGACUGGAAUCCAGCCAAUGACAUACAGGCCAUGGCACGUGUGUGGCGAGAUGGACAAAAGAAAACCGUUCACAUCUACAGAUUUCUUCUAACAGGCUCCAUAGAAGAGAAGAUUUAUCAGCGGCAGGUGAGUAAACAGGGGCUUUCUGGCACAGUGGUGGACCUGACCAAGAAGAAAGAGCAUAUUAGCUUUUCUGCUGAGGAGCUACGGGACCUUUUCAGUUUUGAGCCUAAUACCACCUGCCUCACUCAUAGCCUUCUGGGCUGCCAGUGCGCCGGAGAUGGAGACACCCCAGGUGUCGUGAAGGAGGUAAGCGAGGAGACUGGAAGAGCAUGUCAGCUGGGUCGCCAUGCCGACAGCGCAGCAUCAUUGCCGCAACGUGUCAGCAUGUCUGAGCUCAUGCACUGGAGGCAUUUUUCUGGAGCCAUUCAAUCAUAUAAUGAUAUUUACUUAGAUCAUGCCCAUAACCACAUUACAUAUGCCUUUCAGAGCACCACUUCACAAUCCUAAAGCACAAUCUAAAGUACAAACCUAUUGCCACCACACUUGGUGUAAAUAUAUAUUGUAUGUUUGAACAUGUUUUAAAUGUGUUCUGUCAAUAAAUCA